AUGUUUAUUCAACAUGGACAAUUUGGUCCAAAUUUUGAUGAAGAUCGAGCACUUCGAGUUUUUAAUGCAUCAAUGAGUUGGAGAAAAAAACAUAAUGUUUAUGACAUCUCAACAAAUGAAUUUCCUGCCAAUUAUUUUGAUCGAAAUGCAAUUUAUUUUAAAAAUCAUGACAAGAAUAAUUAUCCAAUAAUUCAUUUUGUCGUUCGAACAUUUAAGAAAGGUCAAGAAGAUAAUGAAGCUGCGAAACGUUUUAUAACAUAUAAUUUUGAAAGACAUGUUCGACAUCAUCCGGGUGAUUACGAUUUAGUUAAAUUUAUUAUUGAUUGUUCGCAAAUUUAUUAUCCAGCUUAUAUGAUGGAUUUUAAAAUGCCAUUCAUUUUGCAAGCUGCAUGGAAAAUAAUUCGCUCGUGGUUGCCCGCUGAAGCAGAACAAUUUAUUAAAUUCGUCGAUGCUAAAUCGAUCACACAGUUUGUAGAACCCGAUCAAUUGUCAAUAGCAAUGGGCGGCACUGAUACAACAAAUUAUGUUCAUAUUCAUGAUCCAAUAAACGGCAUUAUUGAAGAUUCAAUGAAUGCAAGUUUAAAGAAAAAAGUUACUUUUGCUGAUAGCAGUUCACUUGAUUUAUCCCUUUCAUCAUCACCAACAGAAUCAAUAAUUACAACAGACAAUGUACCAAAGAUGGAUUCCCCACCAUAUGAUGAACCACUAACACCAGAAGAAUCUAAUCUUUCUACAUCUACAUCUGACUCAUGCCACAUAGUUACUAGAAAAUCAAUUCUACAAAAGUCAUCUUUAGUAAAUGGAUCUAUGGGUGAAGAAAAAGUUUAUCAUGGACUUGGAAUAAGACCAUAUGAUGAAAUGAUCUUUGAACGAGCAGAUUCUUCAUCACAUGGAACAACUGAUUGUGUUCAAACAUUACAAUUAACAAAUGUAGGUGAUAAAAUCUUAACAUUUAAAAUUAAAACAACAUCACCUGAUAAAUUUCGUGUUAAACCUGGCUGUAGUCUUCUACAUCCAGGUGCAACAACUACUAUUUCUGUUUAUUUAUUAAAAGCUUAUUGUACACCAACAAGUAAUAUAAAUAAAGAAAAAUUCUUAAUUAUAUGGACAUUAAUUGGCCAUGAAUUAAAACAAGGACAACUAAUUGAAUUUUGGAAAAAUGUAUCUAGUUCAGUGCUUUAUGAACAUAGAUUGAAAUGUUCACUAAGUAAUAAAUCAACAUCUGCUACAUCUAUAAAUCAAUCAAAUGACAUAAAUUCUUUACGUUCAUCUAUUUCGUCUGAUCAGUCAAUUGUUGAAAUGCAAAAUAUAUUAAAAGAUUGUAUUACAUUACAAAAAACAACUAUAACACAAACUUCAAGGGAACUUAAACAAAUUCGAUAUCUUCUAUUAAUAAUUUUUGCAUUUUUAUUUGUUAUUCUAUUAUUGGAUGUGCAUAAAUACUUUUUUUCUUUUUCGUCAUCAUCUGUAAAAAGUGAUUUGUGA